ACAGGGAAGGGGCGGGUCUUGACUGAGUAGCAGGCCGGUGUCUGAUGACGACAGGGAAGGGGGAGGGUCCUGAACUAAAGACAGAGCAGCAGGCCUGAUUGUGAUGACAAGGAGGGGGAAUGUGCCGAUCUAAGGACAGAAGACAGGCAGGCAGGGUGAGCUUGAUCGAAACUACUGGGGAUUGUUGGAAAAGUUAAAAUAGACACAGUGGGCCCUUAUAAUCUGUGGGCCCCGGGCAAAUGCCCCUAUUGCCCUGUUAUUAAAGUGGCCCCUGGCUAGAGCAUGUAGCGCGCCCCGGAGCAGCUCGUACACCAUGGAGGUGGGAUCCGUACAGCACACGGACCCUUUCCCACCGGCCCCCCCAGGACUUUGCUCGGAGAUGCUGGGGGUGGCGGAAGAGUCUUACAGGGCGGGUAAUUUUGAACUGGCAGCAGAGAUUUACGGCUCUCAGCUGGAAGAGCAGCCCCAGAGGUUUCUGUGGCUGCGCAAAGGGGACGCAUUGGCACUAGCUGGCCGGGUGACAGAUGCCUUGGACUGUUACACAAGGGCGGCCAUGCUGAGCCAGCUUCGUCCCGAGGAACUGGGGGUGCUCGUAGGGAGCAUUGCGCGGAACAUCAGGGAAAAAGAGCUUGGCCUUCCGUGUGCCCAGAGAGAGCCUGGCACUGCUCAUCCGCAGUACUCUGUCAGCCCUUACUCAGCGCCGCCCGCUGAACCCACCCCCAUUUCCGAUAUCUUCUCCUGCCCUAUGUGCCGGCUCCUGCUGCUGGACCCGGUCACCCUGCUGUGUGGGCACUCAGUCUGCAAGAGGUGCCUGCGUGCCCAGGAGCCGCUGCAGUGCAGCCAGUGUGGCGACAAGCUGAAGGGCAAAGCCGAAUGGCCCGGGGUAUCUCUUAUGGAUUCUAAGGUUAAUGUGGUACUGGGCAACCUGUUGCAAAAGUGGCUGAAGGAAGAGACUAAGGUGCGAAGACUGUCGGUGGAAGGGGAACUUCUGAGGGAGAGCAGCAACCUGAUGGGGGCCAUGGAGAAAUACAGCGCUGCGCUGGAGCUGAGUAAGUAUCCCUCUCCCUGUGACUCCUGGUUAGCAGCUGAAAGAGCAGAGCUGUAUUUAGCCAUGAAAAACUAUAACCAAGCCAUCAGUGACGCUGAUACUGUCUGCAAAAAGGAACCUCUCUCACACAAGGGACAUUAUGUGAAGGCGCGGGCCCUUUCUGGACUAGGAAGGACAGAGGAGGCUUUGAAAGAAUUUCUCUAUUGUGUUGCCUUAAAUCCUGAGUGGAGUUUGAUGAAGAUUGAAGCUCAAAAGAUAAUAUGUGAGAUGCUUUUUCCAGCAUUUGAAAACGUCCAGGCCAGUCUGGGAACACCACUUCGUGCCCUGACAUCCCAUACUAGGUUGAAACCGUCCUUAACUAAUAGUAACACUUGUACGGAAGACUUUUCCCUACCAGGAUGUUCCAAGGACUCAAAAUUUCAAAUAACCAAAUCCUUCGUGGAGUCAGACAUCUUUGUAAUGGAAGAAUUCAAAGAUGAGCCUGUUUCAUGUAUGUUACCUCAUAGCAAGGCAGAAGAGUCUUUAGGAAAUGUCCUCGUCUCUCUUCCUGGUGCAAGCUUAAAGAGAAAACUGAACUCCUCAGAAGAUUAUCAAAGUGCUACUGCCAAAGUCAGAAAGACAGGUGCUGAAUCCAAAUGUGAGCAGUCUGCUACAAAGCUUGUAUUGCGAGAUAUCCCAGUGGCUCUUGUAGAUGCUUGUGAUUUUGAGUGCUCUCUCUGCAUGAGGCUAUUUUAUGAGCCUGUAGCCACACCUUGUGGACACACAUUCUGCCUAAAAUGCCUUGAGCGAUGCCUGGACCAUAACCCACAUUGCCCUCUCUGUAAAGAAGAUCUGGCACAGUAUCUAGCAUACAGAGCUUAUAAGAAGACUCUUCUGACAGAAGAACUAAUAACAAGAUACUUGCCAGAGGAACUCACUGAAAGAAAAAAAAUAUAUGAUGAGGAAAUGAAGGAGUUAUCAAACCUGCACAAAGAUGUUCCUAUAUUUGUAUGCACCAUGGCUUUUCCAACUAUCCCCUGCCCCCUUCAUGUUUUUGAGCCUCGCUACCGACUGAUGAUUAGAAGGUCGAUGGAGACUGGUACCAAACAAUUUGGCAUGUGCAUAGCUGAUGAUUUAAAGGGUUUUGCAGAUUAUGGCUGUAUGUUGCAAGUGAGGGAUGUAAAGUUUUUCCCUGAUGGACGCUCGGUAGUGGACACAAUUGGUUUAAACCGCUUUAAAGUUCUAAGCCAUGGACAAAGGGACGGCUACAACACUGCAAACAUAGAAUAUCUGGAGGACAAAAAGAUGGAGGGACAGGAAUAUGAAGAACUCCUUGUGCUGCAUAAUUCGGUUUAUGACCAAGCCUUGGGCUGGUUUACUUCCUUGAAAGACAAUAUGAAAUCACAAAUUCUUAGUCACUUUGGGCAAAUGCCAAGCAAAGAAUCUGAUCCACAGAAUGGUGAAAAUGGCCCAGCUUGGUGUUGGUGGAUGUUGGCUGUGUUACCACUGGAAAGCAAGGCACAGCUAACAAUACUUGCAAUGACUUCACUCAAAGAUCGCCUGCAUGCAAUCAAGCGCAUUUUAAUAUUUGUAACACGCAAAAGAGCCAGAUGACAGAGGUUUACUGUUCGUGUUAAUUCUUGUAUUUCUUUCUUUCAUUUUUUAAAGAAAAGACUAUAUCCGCUGCACUAAAAGACACUUUUACAAUUUUUUUAAAGUUGAUUUUAUUUGUUUAUAAAUACCAUGCAGUAUCAAUGAAUGAGCAACAUUUCUACCUGUUUUCUAUUAUGCCUUGCCUCCAGGCACUUUUCAGAAGCUUGAUUAACAACAGAUUAAUCAGAUGAUCUGCUGGUAACCAUGCCCCUGUAGUGCCUUAUAAAAUGCAACAGGAAACAUACAUCUCAGUUGAUUGUUCACUCUAGUGUGUACGUAAACAAAGGCUCAACCACAAUAUUGAAAUGGGAGAGGUCAAGCUGGUAUGAAAUCUGUACAAUCAUUGUUUUCAAAUUCUGAACUCAGGUAUUUAGAAAGAUGCAUGUAGUUAUUUAGUAGAACAUAUGAAAUACUGAUUGAAGUACCAGUGCAUUCCUGGUUCUGAAGUUCUGAUGUGCACCAACUGUCAUCACAUGAUCAAUAUCUAACUCACAAACUGGAGUGGGCUUAGCUCAUGAGAAUUUAUGAUCUAUUUUGGGGAGAAUGAAAUCCAGCCCUUCUAAAGUGUAGAUUAUAUUUUAAACAAAGCAUACCUGAGCUGCCUAGUGAAAUCCUUUAUGAAUCACUUUUUCUUUUAAAACUCCCCAUGUUUGCAAAUGUCCACUUAGAUGCCCUUGUUUAAUGUU